CGCCGGGGCUGGGGUGGUACGCGCUGCCUCCGCUCGCCGUCCCUCCCCAUCGGUUUCCGCGCGAAAAGCCGGGGCUGCCUGUGCUGCCUCCGCCUCUGCUGCAGCCUCCGAGAUGCCGGCCCGCACCGCCCCCGCCCGAGUGCCCGCGCUGGCCUCCCCGGCCAUCUCGCUGCCUGACGAUGUCCGUAGGCGGCUCAAAGAUUUGGAAAGAGACAGCUUAACGGAAAAGGAAUGUGUCAAGGAGAAAUUGAAUCUCUUGCAUGAAUUUCUGCAAACGGAAAUAAAGACUCAGUUAUGUGACUUGGAAACCAAAUUACAUAAAGAAGAAUUAUCUGAGGAGGGCUACCUGGCUAAAGUCAAAUCCCUUUUAAAUAAAGAUUUGUCCUUGGAGAACGGAGCUCAUGCUUUCAGUCGGGAAGUGAACGGACGUCUAGAAAACGGGAUCCAGGCGAGGGGUCAAGAUCGCAGAGUGGGAAUGGCAGAGGCAAACUCCCCCCCCAAGCCCAUUUCUAAAGCUCGCACGCCGAGGAGGAGCAAGUCUGACGGAGAGACGAAGCCCGAAGCUUCACUUAGCCCCAGGACUACAAGGAAAACUACCAGGCAGACCACCAUCACAACUCAUUUUGCAAAGGGCCCUGCCAAACGGAAGCCUCCAGAAGAGUCUGAAAGAGCCAAAUCAGACGACUCUGUUGAGGAAGAAGACAAAGACAAGGAUGAGAAGAGACGUAGAUUUGUAUCCAAAGAACGAGUUGCUAGACCUCUUCCUGCAGAAGAGCCAGAAACAGCAAAACCAGGAAUACACACCGAAAAGGAAGAAGAAAGAGAUGAAAAAGAAGAAAAGAGACUUAGAAGUCAAACCAAAGAACUAACAACUAAACAGAGAUCCAAGGAGGAGCCGGACAGAGAAGCCAGACCAGGAACUCACGCUGACGUGGACGAUGAAGGAGAUGAGAAAGAUGAGAAGAGGCACAGAAGUCAACCCAAAGAUCUAGCUGCCAAAAGGAGACCUGAGGAAAAGGAGCCCGAGAGAGUUCACCCGCAGGUGUCUGAGGACAAGGACGAGGAUGAAAAGGAGGAGAAAAGACGUAAAACGGCACCCAAAGAACCGACUGAGAAAAAAAUGGCUCGAACCAAAACAGUCGUGAGCUCUAAGACUCACCCUCCAAAGUGCGUCCAGUGCGGACAGUACCUGGAUGACCCGGACCUCAAGUAUGAGCAGCACCCCCCGGACGCGGUGGAUGAGCCGCAGAUGUUGACAAAUGAGAAGCUGUCCAUCUUCGAUGCCAACGAAUCUGGCUUUGAGAGUUACGAGGCUCUUCCCCAGCACAAACUGACCUGCUUCAGCGUGUACUGCAAGCACGGUCACCUGUGCCCAAUUGACACUGGCCUCAUUGAGAAGAAUGUCGAGCUCUCCUUUUCCGGUUCAGCAAAACCAAUCUAUGAUGACGACCCAUCUCUUGAAGGUGGUGUUAAUGGCAAAAACCUCGGUCCCAUCAAUGAGUGGUGGAUCACUGGCUUUGACGGAGGUGAAAAGGCUCUCAUCGGCUUCAGCACCUCAUUUGCCGAGUACAUUCUGAUGGACCCCAGCCCCGAGUACGCGCCAAUCUUCGGGCUGAUGCAGGAGAAGAUCUACAUGAGCAAGAUCGUGGUCGAGUUCCUGCAAAGCAAUCCCGACUCGACCUACGAGGACCUGAUCAAUAAGAUCGAGACCACUGUUCCUCCUUCCGGACUCAACCUGAACCGCUUCACAGAGGAUUCCCUCCUGCGACAUGCGCAGUUUGUGGUAGAGCAGGUGGAGAGUUACGAUGAGGCCGGGGACAGUGACGAGCAGCCCAUCUUCCUGAGUCCCUGCAUGAGGGCCCUGAUAAAGCUGGCUGGGGUGACGCUGGGACAGAGGCGAGCUGAGAGGCGUCAGACCAUCAGGCACUCUGCGAAGGAGAAGGACAAAGGACCCACGAAAGCCACCACCACCAAGCUAGUGUACCAGAUCUUUGACACUUUCUUCGCAGAACAAAUCGAAAAGGAUGACCGAGAAGACAAGGAGAACGCCUUCAAACGCCGGCGGUGUGGCGUGUGUGAGGUUUGUCAACAGCCUGAGUGUGGAAAGUGUAAAGCCUGUAAGGACAUGGUCAAGUUUGGUGGCAGUGGACGGAGCAAGCAGGCGUGCCAGGAGAGGAGGUGUCCCAAUAUGGCCAUGAAGGAGGCAGAUGACGAUGAGGAAGUUGAUGAUAACAUCCCAGAGAUGCCGUCACCCAAAAAAAUGCACCAGGGAAAGAAAAAGAAACAAAACAAAAAUCGGAUCUCCUGGGUUGGAGAAGCCGUCAAGACUGAUGGGAAGAAGAGUUACUACAAGAAAGUCUGCAUUGAUGCGGAAACCCUGGAAGUAGGGGACUGUGUAUCCGUUAUUCCAGAUGAUUCCUCCAAACCGCUGUAUCUGGCGAGGAUCACAGCGCUGUGGGAGGACAGCAGCAACGGGCAGAUGUUCCAUGCCCACUGGUUCUGUGCUGGGACAGAUACUGUCCUUGGGGCCACAUCAGACCCUCUGGAGCUGUUCCUGGUAGACGAAUGUGAGGACAUGCAGCUUUCGUAUAUUCAUAGCAAAGUGAAGGUCAUUUAUAAAGCUCCCUCAGAAAACUGGGCCUUGGAGGGGGGCAUAGAUCCCGAGUCCCUGCUGGCAGGGGACGAUGGGAAGACCUAUUUCUACCAGUUGUGGUAUGAUCAAGACUACGCAAGAUUUGAGUCACCUCCAAAAACCCAGCCAACGGAGGACAACAAGUACAAGUUCUGUGCAAGCUGUGCCCGUCUGGCUGAAAUGAGGCAAAAAGAAAUCCCCAGGGUCUUGGAGCAGCUCGAUGACCUGGACAGCCAGGUCCUCUACUACUCGGCCACCAAGAACGGCGUUCAGUAUCGGGUGGGCGAUGGUGUGUACCUGCUUCCCGAGGCCUUCACAUUCAACAUCAAGCUAUCCAGCCCUGUGAAACGCCCCCGGAAGGAGCCCGUGGAUGAAGACCUGUACCCGGAGCACUACCGGAAGUACUCGGACUACAUCAAAGGGAGCAACCUGGAUGCCCCUGAGCCCUACCGGAUCGGCCGGAUAAAGGAGAUCUUCUGCCCCAAGAAGAGCAAUGGCAAGCCCAACGAGGCCGACAUCAAGAUCAGGCUCAACAAGUUCUACAGGCCCGAGAACACUCACAAGUCCACCCAAGCAAGCUACCACGCAGACAUCAACCUGCUCUACUGGAGCGAUGAGGAGGCCGUGGUAGACUUCAAAGCUGUUCAGGGCCGCUGCACCGUGGAGUACGGGGAAGACCUGCCUGAGUGUGUCCAGGACUACUCGACAGGCGGCCCAGACCGCUUCUACUUUCUGGAGGCCUAUAACGCAAAGAGCAAAAGCUUUGAAGACCCUCCAAACCAUGCCCGUAGCCCUGGAAACAAAGGGAAAGGGAAAGGAAAAGGGAAAGGCAAGCCCAGAUCGCCAACGUCUGAGCCGAGUGAACCAGAGAUGGAAAUCAAGCUGCCCAAACUGCGUACCCUGGACGUGUUUUCUGGCUGCGGGGGGCUGUCGGAGGGAUUCCACCAGGCGGGCAUCUCUGAGACGCUGUGGGCCAUUGAAAUGUGGGACCCUGCGGCCCAGGCGUUCCGGCUGAAUAAUCCUGGCUCCACAGUGUUCACGGAAGACUGCAACAUCCUGCUCAAGCUGGUCAUGGCUGGUGAGGCCACCAACUCCCGGGGCCAGAGGCUGCCCCAGAAGGGUGAUGUGGAGAUGCUGUGUGGUGGGCCGCCCUGCCAGGGCUUCAGCGGCAUGAACCGUUUCAACUCGAGAACCUACUCCAAGUUCAAAAACUCCCUGGUGGUCUCCUUCCUCAGCUACUGCGACUACUACCGACCCCGGUACUUUCUCCUGGAGAACGUCAGGAAUUUUGUCUCCUUCAAGCGCUCCAUGGUCCUGAAGCUCACACUGCGCUGCCUGGUCCGCAUGGGCUACCAGUGCACCUUCGGCGUGCUGCAGGCCGGCCAGUAUGGCGUGGCCCAGACCCGGAGGCGAGCCAUCAUUCUGGCCGCGGCCCCUGGGGAGAAGCUCCCGCUGUUCCCAGAGCCACUGCAUGUGUUCGCGCCCCGGGCCUGCCAGCUGAGCGUCGUGGUGGAUGACAAGAAGUUUGUCAGCAACAUCACCAGGCUGAGCUCAGGGCCGUACCGAACCAUCACGGUGCGGGACACCAUGUCCGACCUGCCUGAGGUCCGGAACGGGGCUUCGGCGCUGGAGAUCCUGUACAAUGGGGAGCCCCAGUCCUGGUUCCAGAGGCAGCUCCGGGGCUCGCAGUACCAGCCCAUCCUCAGGGACCACAUCUGCAAGGACAUGAGCGCAUUGGUGGCCGCCCGCAUGCGGCACAUCCCCCUGGCCCCGGGCUCAGACUGGCGCGACCUGCCCAACAUCGAGGUGCGGCUCUCGGACGGCACGAUGGCCAGGAAGCUGCGCUACACCCACCAUGACAGGAAGAACGGCCGCAGCAGCUCCGGGGCCCUCCGCGGGGUCUGCUCCUGUGUGGAAGCCGGCAAAGCCUGCGACCCUGCAGCGAGGCAGUUCAACACCCUCAUCCCCUGGUGCCUACCCCACACCGGGAACAGGCACAACCACUGGGCUGGCCUCUACGGAAGGCUCGAGUGGGACGGCUUCUUCAGCACGACUGUCACCAACCCCGAGCCCAUGGGCAAGCAGGGCCGUGUGCUGCACCCCGAGCAGCACCGUGUGGUGAGCGUGCGGGAAUGUGCCCGGUCCCAGGGCUUCCCUGACACCUACCGGCUGUUCGGCAACAUCUUGGACAAGCACCGGCAGGUGGGCAACGCUGUGCCGCCUCCCCUGGCCAAAGCCAUCGGCUUGGAGAUCAGGCUCUGUAUGUUGGCCAAAGCGCGCGAGAGUGCCUCAGCUAAAAUAAAGGAGGAGAAAGCUGCCAGGGACUAGCUGUGCCCCUCCCAUCACCCUUUUCUCCGGCACCAGGAAUCCAUGCACUGAUGUUGUAUUUUUAAUAUGUUGAAAUCUGUCAGUUCAAAUGUGUUGUGCACGGUGUUUGUGGCCUUGGCUGACACGAAGCUGUCCUGUGAGGUUUGCUCAUCAACUGAUGACUUAGUGAUCAAAUUGUGCCGUACCUUGUACGUUCGGGAUUUUAAAAGUUUUUGGUUUUUUUUUUCAAAUUUAACAUGUAUACAUGGGAACCCUCAGAAAAUGAAGAUUCCUUAAAAGUUUUUUAUUAUGCAUUAUAUCAAAUGUUACCACCAUAUGAGUGGAAAUUAAGACUUUAUGUAGUUUUUAUAUGUUGUAAUAUUUCUUCAAAUAAAUCUCUCCUAUAAACCA